AUGCAGGAAAAUAACCGCCCAAAUUUUGAACUCAAAAACAGUCUGUUUUCGGACAUUUCGUCUGCAGAUGAUGAAAACAUUCUUCAGUGCUCAAUGGAUAUGGAGAGAAUGGAUACUAGAUUCCGAAUUCCCUUGAAAGCUCAAGAUCUACAGCAAAUGGUGGAAAAUGGCAAGUCUACUAAAACUGAGAACAAGACACGGUGGGCAAUAGACCUAUUUCAUAACUGGCAGAAACAGCGCGAACAAUUGACAAAGAACAGAAAGUAUUCCGAUCCAAUUCUGAAAAUGUCCAAUUCCCUUCUGAAUGAAGCCUUAAGUUUUUUCAUUGGUGAGGUUAGAAAUGAAGCUGGGUCAGAGUAUAGACCAAAUACUAUUUAUGAACUGGUAGUGUCAAUCCAACAUCAUUUCAGGACCAAUGGACGGUUUAUCAGCUUUCUGGAUGACCAAAGUUUUGCAGGAUUGAAAGCAGUGUUGGAUUCCAAAAUGAAGGAAUUAUCCAAGAAAGGUAUGGGACUACAACGACGACAGGCAGAUGUAAUCAGCCAAGUACAAGAGGAGGACAUGUGGAGAACAAAUAUCUUGGGAUCUGAUACUCCUCAAAAACUAUUGGACACUAUGGUGUUCAUGAUCGGGUUGAAUUUUGCUCUGCGAGCAGGUCAGGAACAUCGUAAUUUACGAUUUGGUGGACAUUCACAAAUUUGCAUCAGAGUGGACAACGAGAAUCGUAGAUACCUGGAAUACACUGAAGAUGUGUCAAAAACAAACCGUGGCGGUAUCCUUCAUCGAAAGCUGGACCCAAAAAUUACAAGGGCUUAUGGAAAUCUAAAACAACCAGAGAGGUGCAUUGUGAUGCUCUACACAAAAUAUACCCAAGCCAGACCUGACAACUGUAAAACUGAUGCGUUUUACCUAAGAGCAAGGAAAUACAUAAAUGGAAAUGUAUGGUACCAAGAUGCAGCAGUUGGAGUUCACAUACUCCAACAAACAGUAAAACGCCUCUGUGAGCAAGCUGGAUUUCAGGGUUUCUUUACCAACCACUGUCUCCGCGCAACCGCAGCAACACGCCUUUAUAGUGCCGGAAUAGACGAACAGUUGAUUUCCGAGAAAACUGGCCAUCGUUCAAAUGCUGUACGUGCUUACAAACGCACCAGUGACCAACAGCAAUCUGACAUGAGUGACAUUCUUAGUGGAAACAACGCUAACAGUGUUCAAAUUCCCAGAAAGGAAAGUGAAAAUAGAGGGAGUACGGAAAUUAAUAUCGAAUCUGGAGGUAUCAAAAUCAAUGUGAAAUAUUGA